UUGUAGGUUAAAGCCACAUUUCCAUUUCAGGCGACCGGUGCAAGGACAACCAGCAUUGUUCAUACUGUGACCAAAGUGGAAUUUGCCUCACAGAGUGUGACAUCGGGUAUUUUGAUCAGAUGUGCACGUCAGUAUGCAGCAAGACCUGCAGAAACCACUCAUGCCUGUUGUCAGCUUCUGGCAUAGGUGAUUGUACUGAUGGUUGUGUACCAGGAUACCAAGGCCCUAGGUGCAGCACACCAUGUGACAGUCCAGGAGGUAACUGUACAGCAUGUCCAGGUGGCUGUGAUGGAGGAUAUUGUCAGCUGGGGUCAUCCUGUGUGUCUGGAUGUGUAGACUCCUACUACGGGACUGACUGUAAGUCGUGUUCCAGUCGAUGUAAGUCCUGCAACAGGAUGACAGGAUCGUGCAGACAGUGUCACCCUGAAUACUUUGGUCCACACUGUGGGUAUUCCUGUGAUCACUGCCUGGGAUUCUGUGAACAUGGAUGCACAGGGGGCUGUCUUCCUGGAUUUUAUGACACGUUCUGUGACAAGACGUGCAGUGACAAGUGUGGACCAGACCCCAACAUCUCUACUGACAAACCUCUACUGGCGCCAAACACAGGAGUACGUGACUGUCACAGAGACAGUGGUGACUGUAUCCACGGAUGUGACGAGGGAUGGUAUGGCCGACAGUGUUUUUCUCCGUGUAGUCCGAACUGUGUCAAUCAACGAUGUGACUCUACAGGUGUCUGUGUGGAUGGAUGUGUAUCUGGACAUUUCGGCAGAGACUGUAAACCUUGCUCUGUCAACUGCCUUCACAGCAAAUGUCAGUCACACAGCGGGUCGUGUACAGAUGGGUGUGCACGUGGCUUCUAUGGCGGCCUCUGCCAACACACGUGUGAAGUUUGUCUUGAUGGUGUCUGUGAUCAGAAGACUGCCACGUGCACUGAAGGCUGUCACCCGAUUCGACGAGGGUGUGACUCGACCUGCACUUUCAACUGUUCCAUAGCGGAUUGUCUAUAUUGCAACCGUGGAGUCAAUGACAGCAACAUUGUUGACCUGAAGAUUGGGCUAUCAACGGUGACUUCAAUGUUUGUAGUGAUCGUCUUGCUGGCUCUAUCACGCUUCUUCUACAAGCAUUUGAGAAAUAAAGAGCGCAGAAUUCAGAGUAUUAAUGUAGCUGCAGCGCCAAGCCAUGACGACCAGGUGUUGCCGGACUACUGUGAAAUCAGAGAUGAAGAUGUUGCCAUCAUGUGUGAGCUGCCAGCCAUGAACCGAAAUGAUUCAGUAACAGCGGCUGCUGCCUUGCCUGUUCUGGCAGAGUGCUUUGCUCCAGACUGUGACGAUGUAGUCAACGAUGUUGCUAUAGCAGAGUGGUUUGCUCCAGACUGUGUCGAUGCAGUCAACGAUGUUGCUACAGCAGAGUGCUUUGCUCCAGACUGUGACGAUGCCGUCAACGAUGUUGCUAUAGCAGAGUGUUUUGCACCAGACUGCGACGAUGCAGUCAACGAUGUUGCUACAUCAGAGCCGUCUGCUGUUGAUGACAACACAUACACUAAACUGAUGCGGAAGGACGAUGGAGAACGCCUUGAGAAAGCAGGGAACUAUUUGUCUCCAAUCGACGACUGAUGCAAUGUAACCCCUUAUUGCAGAUACGGAGUUUUGUAAAGGAAGUUAGAACUGCAGUUUAGUAACUGUUGUUACAAUAUAGAACAGACCUUUACAAAACCCAAAUGUAAAAACCAACAUUAAGGAAGAACCAGUUAAAGUAUAAUUAUUUUUAACAAUU